AUGGCCUGCCUGAUGUUUUUAAUUGUUGUGCGUCUGUGGAAGCGGCCAGUAAAGCAUUAUAUAAUUGAAAAAAUGCGCUGCUUUUUACUGGUUUUAUGUCUGGCUGUGGGACUAAGCAACGCCCGGUGGGUGAGGCGAGGUCGCUCUCAGCAGCCCAGGGAAACAAGUUUCGUCGGAGAUGCCACCAAUGAACUUGCAACCGCCAUUUUUCAGGGAUACAUAGACGAUGAAAAGAAUAUUGCCUUCUCUCCGCUUGGCUACUCAGCUAUCCUCGCUAUAUUAGCUGAAGGUGCAACUGGCGAAACAAGAGAGCAACUAGUCUCAGCUCUUCAUCUUCCAAAAGAUCAAAAUUUAACGCGGAAAACUUACCGUUUCAUUAUGGAAAGACUGAAAAAUACGCACGAAUACAAAUACAAUCAGCCAGAGUUAAAGAAUUACUUCUACAUCUACAAGAACUACACAAUCAAUGAGGACUAUAAGAAAAUUUUGGAAGAUUACUAUUUGACUGAAGUGAGAUCAGUUGAGAGGUAUAACCCAGACCAAGAGUUCAAUAAACCUUCGGGUAACGAUGAAAAUGGAGAAUUUGUUGUUGAUUUGCCCGAUAAGAAACAGGAUGAUAUAAAAAAUGAUGAUAUUCCUGAACUUAUGCCACCCAAGGAAAGUGACGAAAAACUCAUAUCGUUUGCUGUUGAAGAUACACCCGAAAAAAUAGACAUUACUCAGAUUGAAUACAAGCCAGCCAAAAAUAUCAAAGAAAAGAUAAAGCUGGUGAAAUCUGAUUCCAAAAAGGAAGAAUCAGAAGAUGAAGAGGAGACUAUGGUUGCUGUUGAAGCCAGAAAUCAUGCUAGAAGCUUAAAAGUUUUACAAGAUAAACAUGAUAUAACUUCAAGUAUUUCGGUUAACAGUGUCGGCGGGAAAUCUAGCAAAACACCAUCACAUUCUCUGAUGAUAAUCUUCAAUGGCAUGUACUUCCGUGGGUCCUGGAAGAAACCGUUUGAUGUCGUGGAGCCUGGCGUAUUUUACAAGUCCAGUACGGAGAAGAAACAAGUGCCUAUGAUGAAGACGAGAGGGACCUUCAAGACAGGAUACCUACCUGGCUUGGACAGUGAAGUUAUUCAAAUUCCUUACGAAGGUGGUCGAUAUGCAUUAGCCGUGAUUGUGCCACGGUCGCGUGAUGGAUUGCAAAGACUGGCUGCUGAACUGCCCGGCGCGCCGCUGACUCAUCUUGCCGACACUCUGCAAGAAGAAGAUCUACAGCUAGCCCUGCCCACCUUCUAUGUGGAGACAACUACCAAACCUGUCGCUGCUUUAGCUAAGUUCGGCGUGAGCGCGAUCUUCAGCCGGUCAGCAGAGUUAUCCGGCGUGUCUUCAGCUGAGGGUCUAUUCGUGCAGGAGCUCGUGCAGCACGUCGCCGUGCGCGUCGACAACGCAGAUUCGUCCGCCUCCAACCUCGCAGUUGCAGAAGCAGUAGAUGAGCUGGAGGAACUAAAGAGUCUCCCCUUGAACGCGAAACUACCAAGAAAGUUCAACGUGGAACACCCGUUCUUGUUCUACAUCAUCGAUUGCCUAGACAACCUCGUCGUUGUAGCUGGCAAGGUCAUCGAUCCAGAACAACCAACGCCAUUCGAAAUUUAA